UGCCAAAGGCAGCACCAUGGCUAGUCUUCCCUUAUGGAAAAGUGCAAGAGGGUUUAAGAAGGUAGUGUGCCAAAUACUUGUGUUCCGAUUGGAUUUUUCCGCAAUGGAGUGGAAGGAGGUGAAUAGCUUGGGUAACCAUGUUCUGUUUAUUGGCACCAAAGGCACAGCUGUUUGCUCUGCAGCCGAGGCAGGGGUUGCACGAGGUUGUUUGUAUUUUGCACUUGAGGAAGAUCAAAGUUUGUACAAAUUCGAAGUGGAAAGUACCAGUAAUUUAGCUAUUUUGCCGUGUCUAAAUCUGCCAGCACCAUGGUUUUCCGCGGAUUGGAUCAUGAUCCCUAAUGGACAAAAAAAGCAGGAUGAUAUGGUGGGUAAAGAUGAACCAGAGAAGAACGUAACAAAGGCAGUGGAAGGUGAAGCACAUGUAUUCAGUAAUGAUGAAGGUGGGAAACAUGGUGGAGUAGAUAACGAAGGAGAUUUAGAGAAACCACGGCCUUGGUGUAUGCUUAUCGAAGACAUGGUGGAGUUUAUCGCAGACUGUCUCCAUCCAUUGGAUUAUGCCCAUUUUCGUUCAGUCUGUAAAACAAAUCUGGCAUUAAUGCCAAUGAGAAAGCUUACAUCCACUUGUGCCACUAGAGGCACAUAUCUAUCUCCUUGGCUGAUGUUUAGUAGAGAUCACAGAUGCGCCACCUUCGAUUUUGUGAACCCAAUGCAUAAUAAUGAGAAAUACUUCCUGAACCUCUCUGAUCUAGUGGGUGCUGUUAUCCGUUUUCAAAAGGGAGGUUGGCUACUGAUGUCUAAGGAGGAUCCGGAAACUACUUCAUUGUUCUUUUACAAUCCCUUCACAAGAGAGACCAUCAAGCUUCCAGAAUUGCCAAUUGAUGUGAUAUAUGGCUUUUCAGGUAUUUCAUUCUCCUCCUUACCAACUUCGUCAGACUGUGUAGUUUUUGCCAUUCAACAAAAAGGGUCUGACGAAGUCUCACUCUACUUCAUUAGAAAGGGAGAAGCAUUUUGGAGUCCUUUAGUCUUUAGUAAUACGGAUACCGAAAAGUACAUGUCAUUGCAUAACAUUCCAGUUAUGUGCAAUGGUGUUCUCUACAGUGUAGAUUAUAAUGGAGUGUUAGUUGUAUUUAACAUAGAGGAUAAUAGUUGGAAAGUUCUGGAAAACCCCCAUCAACAAUUUGGUGCAAUGUAUCCAAGUUUCCUAGUGGAGUGUGGAGGAGAGCUUUUUUUGGUGAAGGUAGAACGCUACGGAACUUUGUUUGGGAUUUUUAGACUGGAUUUCGACAAGAUGGAAUGGAUGAGAGUUGAAAAUCUUGGAAAGCAUAUGCUAUUCGUCAGCUAUACCUCAUGUAUCUCUGCAAUUGCACCAACUAGUCGCAUGGAGAACAAAGUCUAUUUUCCUAGAUUAUGUCUUAACGGUGAAGGAGUUGUAUUCUAUUCUCUAGAAACAGGCACUUAUUGCUCUUUUGGAAGUCAGCAUUCUGCCACAGAUUUUUAUGAUACCGAAGGCUGGUAUCUAAAUUGCACCUGGAUUGAACCCAACUGGGUGAAAUCCACAGCUCAAGAGCUAGAAUGGGUUAUGCCUCCCCCUUCCUAAAAAUUUACUAGCCUGUAUUUGCUGUAUUUGUCGUUCUAACUUCUUUUUUUUUCGUA